UUAAGCAUUACCAUUGAGUCCUGCACAACUCCACUGUGAACCCAACACUUUUUGUGGCGACGAGGAUUAGAACUCUGCUGUCUGGACAGAGCAGCAGAAUAGGAAAAGUGCAGAAAAGAGAACUCACAGGACAAACUUCAGAUCCACUGCAGACAUGGCUACCCUGGGACACAUGGAGGAAUUUGAUGUAAGUGACCCUUCUUCUUGGGACUCAUAUGCAGAGAGACUUUCUUACUUCCUAGAAGCAAACACAAUAGCUAACCCUGAGCAAAAGAGGGCAGUGCUACUGACUGUCUGUGGGCCUAAAACAUUUGCAGUCAUCCGCUCACUCACUGCCCCGGCCUCUCCAAAAACAAAGACUUAUGAGAAGUUACUAGCAAUGUUAAAGGCACAUUUUUCUCCAACACCAUCUGUCAUUAUACAGAGAUUUCACUUCCACAAAAGAAACCAAAGAGCAGAUGAAACAAUUUCUACCUAUAUUGCAGAAUUACGGCACAUAGCAGAGCAUUGCCAGUUUGGAGAGUUCCUAAAUGAUAUGCUGAGAGAUCAAUUAGUCUGUGGGAUUCAGAAUGAGGCCUUGCAGCGCCGGCUUCUCGCUGAGCCUAACCUGACACUUGCAGCUGCGCAGGAGAAGGCCUUGGCUGCAGAAACUGCACUUUUACACACUAAGGAAAUUCAUCAUACAGCAACCAGUGUGCACACCAUAUCCUCCAAACAGGGAAAUGACAUUCAUUUUCAAAACAACAAACCAAAAGACUAUUUUGCAACAAAUGCAUCACCAUUUACACCAUGUAUUGGAUGUGGUGGUCAGCAUAGACGCUCUGUAUGCCCUUUUAAGAAUGCUGUCUGUCAUUACUGCAAGAAGAAAGGCCAUGUAAUACGUGUUUGCAAAGCAAGGGUUAAUCAGGAAAAACAAAGUGAUUAUGCAAAGUUUUCACAUAAAAAAUUACCAACAAAUAAAGGGGCAGCCACUGGAACAGAGGUCAACCAGCUGUAUCAUAUCCAACGUGUCAACAUGUGA